AGCAGGAAGUAAGCUGGUAGGAUAAACCGCAGUGUAUAUUCUGAAACUGUGGUGUUCCUUUAGUUAGUCAAUCAGUACAAAAUUCAGUACUAACUUAAUUGUUUGAUGUCAUUAAGAAUAGGAAUAUUAUCAUUAUAAAACUGAAGUGAUAAGGAUGGUUCUUUGUUAGAACUAUUUGUAUCGACUGACCGUUAUUGUGGAAUUACGUAGUACUAUUUAGAAGGUGUUUAUUUUGUAUUGUGUGAAGGAAUACUAAACAGACCAUAGACGAUGGGGUGUGCAAUGAGCGCUGAAGACAGGGCGGCCACGGAAAACAGUAAACAGAUAGACAAGCGUAUUAAAGAGGAUAAGAUUAAUGCAGCCAAAGACAUCAAAUUGUUACUCCUGGGUGCAGGAGAAUCUGGAAAAAGUACGAUAGUCAAACAAAUGACAAUUAUCCAUAAAGAUGGUUUUACUAGUGAAGAUGCUGAGAUCUAUAGACCAGUGGUUUACAGCAAUACUAUACAAUCUAUGUUGUCAAUGAUACGUGCAAUGGAAGCGUUAGGUGUACAGUUCGAAGACAAUGAACGAGAGAGUGAUAAAGCUAUGGUCCACGACUUGGUUAGUAAGAUGCUAGAUUCGGAACCAUUCACCCCCGAAGUCCAUCAGGGAAUGAAACGGCUUUGGGCUGACUCAGGGAUUCAAGAAAUAUUUAGUAGAUCCAGCGAAUACCAACUAAACGAUUCGGCACAGUAUUUUCUAGAAAGUCUUGAUCGUCUAGCAGAAAGUAACUACACACCUAAUGAGCAGGAUAUUUUACGAACAAGAGUUAAGACUACUGGCAUUGUUGAAACACAUUUCAACUUUAAAAAUUUGCAUUUUAGGUUAUUUGAUGUAGGGGGCCAAAGGUCAGAGCGAAAAAAAUGGAUCCAUUGUUUUGAGGAUGUAACAGCGAUUAUAUUUUGUGUAGCACUCAGUGGAUACGAUCAAAGGCUGCUUGAGGAUGACGUCACAAAUCGAUUGCACGAAAGUUUGAAGCUUUUCGAUUCAAUUUGCAACAACAAAUGGUUUACUGAAACGUCCAUUAUCUUGUUCCUAAAUAAGAAGGAUUUGUUUCAAGGAAAGAUAGAACGGUCAUCAUUAACAGUCUGUUUUCCAGAGUAUACAGGACCUAACGAAUUUCUUCCAGCAGCGCAGUACAUUCAAGGCAAAUUCGAAACAAUGAACAAGAGUCCAAAUAAAGAAAUAUACGCCCAUAUGACCUGUGCCACGGAUACCACCAACAUUCAAUUCGUCUUUGACGCAGUUACGGACACCAUCAUAGCGAAUAAUCUCCGAGGAUGUGGACUGUACUAGGUCCAGGCCAAAUCCACUCAAACACACGUCAUAACCAUCUGAGUAUAAUACCGUAGUCAGCUGCAACGAUUAGCAAGUCUGAUGCCACUUAAAGAAUUCCGAAUUUGCUGAGAAGAUGACUGAAUGGCUCUCCUUUCUUCGCUUCAAAGCUUUCGUUUUUCUCUUCUGAAAGUGCCAUGUCACGAAGACUUGCUGCAAUCUCGCACCUCGACUUCGUUUUGCGAAUUUUGCUGCAACCUACCAUCUAAGUUGACCACAGUAGCCCACGUCUAGGCUCUCGACAACGCCGAUUCUUUCGGAUCAGUCGUUGCGAACACGAAGGCAGUCCAGUAGGUUGUAUUUCUUCGCAAAAUACAUGAAGAAAGAUGGCGUCCAGUGUUCGCUUUGAUGUUGAUUAUAUAUAGCAGUGAUAGUAAAAUUGUCUUUCUCUGAUUGUUUCAACAACGUGAUUUUGAGCGUGCCGAUCCGAGCAAGCAUAAACCGCUUAGCGUAGUAGUGCCAUAGUUUGUCAUACAUUAGCUCACAAUUCGAGUCGGAUCCACAUAUUUUUCUACUUGCAAUGCCACUGAUUUUGUUUACUGGUCUGUAUUGGUUGUGUGUUGUGGUGUACUUUUGAUUGUGACGUCAGUCUUUACUAUGAGCACCCACUUUAGUUGACAGCAAAUAUGAUUCCUAACGGAGUGUAAAUAUUAUCAUUUUGCAAUUAUUUUAUUAAUAAAUGUUUACAUCUUUCCAAGCUUGGUUUAUUGGAAUCUAACUCAAAAUGGGGUUUUUAAAUAUAUAUUUUAUCCAUCACUUUGUAUUUCUUCAUAAUAUUUUGAAUAUUAAUUUACUUUCUUUUCGAAAUUCGGUGCUACUAAUUUUUCCUAUGAUCUAUUUUCAUAUUUGAUUUACUGAUCAACAUUUUUGGGAAUUUUAAAUUGACACGGCCGGUGCAUUUUAACUUGAAAAGAUUAAUAUGAUUAGAAUUCCUUAAUAUAUAGCUUACUAUUGAAUGCUAUUAUAAUCUAAUGAUGUACAGAGGGUCAACAUGACAUAUACUCUGAAGAAGAAAGUUGUAUAAGGUGUACAUGUUGGAUCAAAAUACUGUUUUAGGUCAUUCCUGUGAUGCCUUUUAUUUUGCUUACAUUAUAGUCAUGCCAAAUGUCAUUCCUCUAUUUAUACUAUAUUUUUAACGGAUAUUUUAAACAUUUUUCCAGUGACAUCCUGUGACAACAUUAUUGUGAUGUUAUGUUGCCAUUAGUUAUGAGUGUUAACAUAAGAUGAAUCUGUAGGCGUAGAGCGUAAACCAUCGCCACUAACAAUCCAAAUUUGCAAUUGAAGACAUUCCUUCGAGAAAGUGCUGUGUGAAACACAGGUUAAACAUUUCCAUGAAAAGGACACAAAGUUUUAAACGCCACAAAUUCAACACGAUGUUGUGGAAGUAUUAGGUAUUAGUACCAUGUGUUUGCGUCAUAGUCGCCAGUGGGCUGUCUAGAUAUUAUAAAUAGGGAGCUUUCGACUAGCUCGAAGACGUGGCCAAGGGCGGACUAACGCAUGCGCAGAUUAAUUUAAGUGACGUCAUUUCAUUCUAGACUUUUUUUACUCUACGCGCUGCAUUAUAUCCAUCACUGUGAACUUGGGAUGAUUGCUUAAUUUUUUAACGGUAGAUUAUUGCGGGCGUAAACAAAUGCUAACAUUUUGGACUAAAAUUUCUUGUUGUUUAGUUAUUUUAUUUACAUGAUUUAUUGCAUCAUUAUUAACGCGGCAAUGUUUAGCGACAAAUAUUUAAAUUUUUAUUACGUUUCUUAAUUAAUUGAUGUCAAUAGGUCUACUUUAACUAUGUUUUGGAAAACUGUCUCUCAUAUACUGUUUUGUUGUACUUUAGAAAACAUUGUUAAUAACUAGCAUCUUUUUAGGGUUUCUUGUUAUGCGAGUAUGUAUUGUAGUUAUUCCGGAUUUCACUCAGGUAAAACAAAACCUGCUAAACAGCAUUUUAAAUAAAAGGAAGUUAAGCUUGUUUGUUUCUGUUUGAGUGGCUGGCGAGGUCAGUUUUUGAACUGUCUCUUCCCAGGACACACACCUAUUGAUUGAAUUCGUACGAGCUGGCUCGCCAAUCUAUUGACUUUGCUUCGAUAUUUUACUAAAUUAGAUAAAUUUAACAUUUUCUAAAUUUCAAAACAAUCCGUCAAUGCACUGUUGUUUCAAAGAAUAGUUUUUGUUGUCAUAUAGUAUACCAGUAAUAUAUUUAAAUAAUAUUAACUUUUUUAGAACCAGUCGCGUGCGGUAAGACAUGUAAAUUGUAUGUAGUUCAUUUUUUGAUUAAUUUUUUGCCACAUAACAGAGAUAUACAUCAUGUCCAUUUGUAUUUUGACAUAUUUUCACACUCAACUAUGUUGUGGACAAUUUGCAAUAUGUAAAUUUAUGUUUAAAUUUAUUUUGAUUUAGAAAUCUUUUUGUUAUAUGAUAAUAUUAUAUAUGAAAUGAGCUCUUUAAAUAUUUUUGAAGACUAAUAUUAUGCAAAAAAAUAUAAAUAAUGAUGAUUUCAUGAUUAUUAUCGUUAACGAUUCAAUGUUGUCUGUUGUAUUUUGGCUAAUCUGACUAAGACCAUGUCCACAUACUUUAGAAGUAUUUAUCAUACAUCUUCAAUCAAAUUAUAAUCAAGAUGCUCUAUUUUAAGUUUUGGUUUUUCUUGAUUUAAUUUACGUAUCCAUUUAUGUUGAACUUUUUCGUCUAAAAUGUAUGUUACUUUAAAAUGUUAAUAACACUUGCUAGAAAUAUGCUUCUUUGACACCAUACGUUUCUUUCUGUUUAUAGAUAUUUUAUAGAUGUGGAUAUGACAGAGUUAUUUGGAGUAGUUUCUAAACCGAUUAGAGAAAAUGCGUUUCAAAAUUGUUAUAUCUCACAAACCAACCGACUUGCGGUAGUAAUGUUGGGAAAUCCGAUAUUGUGAUUGCCCGAACAUAUGUAAAUAAUAUCUAAAACAUUUUUUUUCUGUUUUUCUUUGCCUAUAUAUCUCAUGAUACGCGUUUGAGCGUAUCAACGGUUUCCGUGUGACCAAUAUGACGUCAUACCUUAUGUGCAACGUGAUUGGUCAGUGGUAACAACGGCAAGUGUUUUGAUUGUAUUAGGAUGUGUGAUAAUCAUGUUUAUUAUUCUAUAAUGUGUGCAGAUCAUUGCGUUUGUACAAUUUUUGUAAAUGCUUCUCAAUAAAAAUCAUACAAACCAAUUGAUAAACACUA